AUGAUUAAACCUGGGACAAGUGUUUUGGCGAACUCUCAAAAGUCACAUGCAGCUAUUUGUUCCAAACCGGAGACGAAUUCAGACACAGAUGAGGUCAGUAGCACAGAAGAUCUCUUGCUGUCUUGUGAUGAUGCGGAAAAGGAUGAGGGCACUUUUCUUGACGAGGCUGAGUACAAGGACUCGGACGUCAUUGAUAAUCGCACAAUCGUCUUUCGCAUUCGGGACGCAGUGCAUCAGGCUCAUGGCAGUUUAGGCUUGGGCAUUUUGGCCAGGUUUCGUGUUGUGCAUUGGAGUCCUUCUUCUGGGCUUCUAAUUGUGCGCUGUCUACGUCAUGUGGAGAUCGUCCGUCAACUUAUAUCAGCACUAACGCUGAUUACGGAAUUCAAGUCGAGAAGUUUGUUUAAUUAA